CUUAGUGAGACUAACCUCAAAAAGAAAACUAAAACGAUUAUAUCUAAAAACAUUUUAUGCACGAUAUUUUAGAAAGUAUUUUUUUAUGUGUUUCACUUUUAUGUUUUAUUGUGAAUCAAUCAUUUGUUAAUCACAUCACAAUUUAAAGAAAUUUUUAUCACCAGCACUCAAGUUGGCAAUAGCCUGAUAUACCGCAUGUUUACGACGUGUUUUUGACAAUAUUUGUUGUCUAAACGUGAAACACAAGUUAAUUGUAGAAAAAUGUUUUCCAGAUUUUAUAAUUUGUAUCAAAGAACUGCAUUUAUCCAGUUUACUCAACUACAAAGAUGCUAUAGAAGAGGUUCUAAAAAGAAAAAUGUCAAGCGCACUGAAGCACCAAAAGAUAUAAAAGGAGAAGUACCGAUAAUCGUAUGCAGACGAAAAGAGUUCAAUUUUUAUGAAGGGCAAGAAUAUUCCAAAUAUAAACCGAUACCAUUGGCUAGCAAAGGAUGGCAUCAUUAUAAAUCCAAAGGAGAUUAUUUCUACAUAUAUCCUCUCACGAAUGUAACAAAGGAAGCAUAUGGUGAAUCAUUUAAAGAAAAAGAAAAAGAAGAAGAAGAAGAAGCACAUGAUUCAUUCGAACAUUUGGGCUUAAAUCCACAAAUAAUAGAUAUCUUAAAAAGAUAUAGUAUAACGAAACCUUUAAAAAUACAAAAAAUUGGGAUACCCAAAAUACUAAAUGGAGCUAAUACUGUCAUAGCAGCAGAAACUGGUUGUGGAAAAACAUUAACUUAUCUUUUACCCAUGAUAGAUGAAAUUUUAAGAUGGAAAGAAUUAGUAGAGCAUCAAUACAACACUCCAUUGGGAUUAAUUGUAACACCUACUCGAGAAUUGGCGUUUCAAAUAGGAUUGGAAGCAAAAAAGAUAUGCCAGUAUCUUGGUAUUCGUACAAAAAUUAUUACUGGUGGAAAAACAAAGAAAAUAAUGUUAGAUCCACCUGUGAGAAAAGUUGAUAUUGUUAUAGCUAGUUUUGGAGUCAUCAGUAAAUUAACUACAACCAAGAUUUAUAAAUUGGACAUGGUUAGACAUCUUGUAUUGGAUGAAGCAGAUGCUCUAUUUCAUGAGACGUUUGAAGAUAAGCUGCAAAUAUUCUUGAGAAGAGUGCCACUCGGCUUCGUACAAAAUUCGAAUGAUAACAAAUUACCAAUCAGUGCUCAAUUUACAUUAGCAUCUGCAACAAUGCCUUCAAGAAUAUCAGAAGUUUUAAAGGAUAUCAUAAAUGUGCAAUCGUUGGAACAUGUGACAUCAAAGAAAUUGCAUCACAUUCUCGUGCCUCAAAAAUUUAUAAGGGUGGGUCCAAGCGACAAACCGGCUGCACUUCUAAAAUAUAUUAAACCAAAAGUAGCUAAUAAGGAGCAAGUAAUUAUUUUUAAUAACAGUAAUAAUACCUGCAAUUGGGUCAGUAUGUUCCUGAAUAAGAGCAACAUACAAACAGUUUCUUUGAACGGCGAUAUGCAGUUAUAUGAGAGGCAAAACAAAUAUGCCAGCUUCAAAAGCGGUAAAUGUCGUGUAUUGUGCACUACAAACGCUGGGUCUAGAGGUUUGGAUACAGUGUCGGUACGCCAUGUGUUGAAUUACGAAUUUCCAAAUGCCACCGCUGAUUACAUACACAGAUGUGGCAGAACGGGAAGAGUCGGUAACAUUAAGGACUGCAGAGUGGACAAUUUUAUAAGCACUUUGAAUGACAUCGCUAUAGUACAAAAAAUAGAGAGAGCGGUACGGAAGUCGAAACCGAUACCGAUAUUCAAUAUCCACGAAUCGAAGGAAGAGGAUGAUGUUUACGAGCCACUUGGAUCGCAAAUUGAAAUGGAAGAGAAACAAGAAUUUAGCAUACCGUAUUAAAUCGUAUUAUGCGAUUGUGUAAAUAAAGAUUGUUUUU